CUCAUCGCCCUCGACGAGGUCCACGCGCACGGCGUCGUCCACCGCGACGUCAAGCCGGCGAAUAUCUUCCUCGACGCCUGCGGGAGGCUCAUCCUCGGCGACUUCGGCCUCGCGCGCGCGUUCGCGGUGCCACCCCUGCCCGCGCAGCGCGCAACGCUGCCGGAAUGGCUCGCGGAGGACGCGGGCACGACGGACGAGGGCGAGCUGCGAUAUCUGGCGCGUACCCGAUGCGGGACGCCGGCGUACGUUGCGCCGGAGACCUACCUCGGUAUGGCGGUCUCCUUCUCGGUAGACCUGUGGGCGGCGGCGGUGACGCUGUUCGUGAUGCUUUGCGGGAGGGAACCGUGGCGACUGUCGAAGCCGGGCGACAAGCCUGUCGAUUUGCAGGUCAUGAACGACCCACUGAGCUUCGCUGGGUGCGGCGUUUUGAGCGAAGCCUCAAUGCGUCUUCUACGAAAGAUGCUUCUGAAGGACCCCGAUGAACGGCUGACCGCGAUGGCCGCAAUCGAGGUCGAGCCCUUCUUCAUCAAGAUAAACUGGGCUCAGGUCAGACUUCGCCAGGACACCGAGUGGCGCGCUUCCAGUACUACAGCCUGCGAGCCAGCUGUCUCGGAGCGCGUCUUCGGUCCUCUCCUUCUUCCUCCCCUACUGAACGCGCCCGCAGCGAAAGGGCCUGUAGAGGGAGAUUUAACAAAGCUUAUGGACAGUUUGAGGGUCAAGGAUGGUAUGGACAAUGGGCAAAACUAGGGGUAAACAAGGACUGUCAUGGACCUUAUUUAUUCACGAUUGAAGGACUUGUACCGUGCAGCUGUUCAGACUUUUCGUGACUUGUAGAC